GUUGCUUGCCAGCUACCACCAUCUCUGUGCCAUCUUUUGCUCUGUAAAUCAUCCACGAUGACUUCAAAACCACUGCGCUCGCGUCCUCUGGACUUGCUUUACUUUGCUUUCUUCGCUAUUCAUAUACCUAAUACCCUCCUUGUUGAUUUACAAGCUUUGUAUCCAUCGCAUCUGUUGCCCGGCUCUAUUGCGAAUUUGCCCAAGCUCUAUGUGAAUUUAUCUUCUGACCCUCUCAUUGGCGGGGCGAUGGGAUAUUUCGGUCUCCCAGAUGACUACGUCUGGUUCAAAUCUUUCCUACUUCUUGAAGCCUUUUUCCAGCUACCCGUCUUUGUUCUAGGUCUCAGAGGAUUGUGGAAAGGCUCUCGUUCCAUCUACUUGCUGCUGCUUAUCUACGGUGCUUCAACUACGACGACCCUCUUACCCUGCCUCGCUGUUCUCUUCAGCACGCCUAUCACCUCGGCCGACACCAUUGCUGCAAAAGCAGUCUCUGUUACUUCAGAGCAACGUCUCCUGCUUCUCUCAAGCUAUAUUCCAUUCUUGAUUAUACCCCUCGUCAUGACUGUUGAUAUGGCCUUCCGCCUUCAUCACCUCGCUCAGGCGGCGGCGGCCACCGAAAAGCAGAUCAAAAGUCGUUGAAUACCUGCUUGACGAUCUCCCCUACGCCAAGAGCUUUCUGCAACUCUUCCUGUCUUGCUUUCGAUAUAUGUUAUGCAUGUUUGGUUAUGAGGAUUUCUAUCUAGACGAUUGAGUUUGAUGGUGUUGUUUAGAUGACUAUGCUCUUCGCGUCAAAAUUCGGCAUUGGUAUUUGUCGAAUCUCAUUCCUAUUCCUUGGCUCCGAGGCUGAUAUAUGGCUAUCACUCACGAUUCCCUCUAUCGCCUUUUUCACCACGCGUCAUGAGUUGGCUACAGUGUCUUGGAUUAUUUACGUCCGCCAUGUCUCCAAUCCUACUUGCGGAGCGUCUUUUGGACACGGUUUGUUUUGCCCUCCUUGCUGUGAGUGACGUCAACAUAUUACUGAAGACGAGCAAGCAACACUGACAAGUAUUUUUAAAUUCACGUCCUCUUCUCACUACUUGUCAGUUUUACCUAUAUGUUGCCCGUCGAAGGUGGUUUGAUGAUGUUGCUCACAGACGUUAUGUAUUUUUCACAGGUCCUUUGUUCAAUCAACUGGGCAGAUUAGCUUUUCUCA